AGAUUCUUCAUGAUUAUUGAAGGCGCCCACUUUCACCACCUCAAUACACAAAUUCAAAAUUUUGCAAUUUGGUUCUGUCUCUGGUAGGGUUUAUUGCCUUGUUUACAAAAUUUCUGAGUAUUAGAUAGGAAAAGUUUCUUCUUUGUUUCUCAAUUUCCACAGAGCUCUCUCUACCACCAAUAAAUUUCCGGCAGAAGCUCAGGUUUUCUCCGGGAAAUCUGUGAGAUAGCGGCCGCGAAAAUGAUGAACUUGGCGGAUCCGUCAAUGGCGUUGCUCGCCGCAAGUGGAGGGGACACUGUAAAGCUCUUUGAUGUGUCGAUGGAGCCCGGCGAUCCCUGUGUCUUGAGCUACACUCCGUCUCCGGGUUGCCUUGUCAACUCAGUGAAGUGGAACCACACUAAUUUAGUUGUAGCUAGUGCUGGAGAAGACAAGAGGAUUUCGUUAUGGAGGAAAAAUGGGCACAGCAUGGGGAGCAUUCCUGUUACUGGGACUGAUAGUGGAGACAGCAUUGAGGAAUGUAUAUUGGCUAUUAGCUUUGGCAACAAGGGAUCUAGGUACAUAUGUUCUGGGGGAACUGGUCGGGUUGUAAAAAUAUGGGAUUUACAGAGGAAGCGCUGCAUUAAGUGGUUAAAAGGUCAUACAAGUACCAUAACAGGUGCUGUGUACAAUUGCAAAGAUGAACACUUGGCUUCUAUUAGUCUAAGCGGGGAUCUUAUCGUACACAAUCUUGCAUCAGGAGCAAGGGCCGCUGAACUGAAAGAUCCUAAUGAGCAGGUACUGAGGGUGCUUGAUUAUUCACGUAUUAGUCGGCACCUUUUGGUGACUGCAGGUGAUGAUGGGACAGUCCAUUUGUGGGAUACAACUGGCCGUAGCCCAAAGGUUUCUUGGCUGAAGCAGCAUUCUGCACCAACUGCCGGUAUUAGCUUCUCACCAUCAAAUGAUAAGAUAAUUGCCAGUGUUGGGCUGGAUAAGAAGCUAUACACUUAUGAUUCAGGUUCUAGAAGACCCUCAUCUUACAUUGCUUAUGAGGCACCUUUCUCGUCAUUGGCAUUUAGAGAUGAUGGUUGGGUGCUGGCAGCUGGAACCAGUAAUGGUCGUGUGGUAUUCUAUGAUGUCCGUGGAAAACCACAGCCUUUUACUGUCCUGCGUGCUUAUGGUAGUUCAGAGGCUGUUAUUAGUUUAUGCUGGCAAAGAUCCAAACCAGUCAUUGUUAACGAGAGUACUUGCACUGCUGAAAUGGCUCUUCUUGGAGGCGCUGUUGAAGAUUCAAUUCUCAUGCCUGACCCGCUUCCCUCUGUGUCAUCAUCAAGCCUUCCACAGUCUACAGCAUUGUCUGGUUCUCGUCUUGCUGCGCGGUCAGGUCCAUUUAUUGAAACAUCUACUCUUACGGCAACAAUUAGUGGAAUGGCAUCAAGUACGCUGAAUCUAUCCUCAGCAGAGGAAACCCCUCAACGGAGUCAUCUGCGGCCUGGUGGAACAUUAUCUAGAUUACAUGCACCUCGUUCUAAUUUCACUUUCAAGGAUGACAUGGAGGUUUUCUCCCCUCUGGUGGAUGUUCAACCGAUUACGCCGUCACUGGAGAAGCUGUGGGAUGAUCAUGAAGGAGGAAAAAAGGAUCAUCUACCUGCUGAUAAGAAGCCAUCAUCCUUGCUGUUUCCUUCAUCCAAUCGGAGAUUCCCUUUUGCAGAUGAUGGAGCCAAUGACCAUCCAAUAUUUGAUUGGAAAUCCAGUUCAAUGUCCAGACAGGAUGAUAACAGAUCUUUUACGUUGUUAACAUCUACUCCUCCAUCUUCAAAAAGUGAAGACUCUGUCAUAACACCUCCAGAAGCUUGGGGUGGUGAGAAACUUUCUGAUAAAUUUCCGAACUUGCGGUUCCCAUCUCGUUUCGGUAUGUUAAGCUCGGCUGCAAUGACAUCAGGGACAACAUUUUCUGAUAUUUCCUCGUCACUUGGUCAGACAGGCUCAAUGACGAAUACUAACCCGAGCUAUGAAAAUAUGCGCAGCAGAGAUUUUCCCUCAAAUAUUGAGACUUCAUCAGGAUUUCCGGAACAUUUAUCUUCUAGUUCUAUGACUCUCUCUAUGAGCACAAAAGGCAACCUUGGAUCGGCUAAUGUUGAUUCACCAAGACAAGCAUCUUUGGCUUUGCCUAGAAGGUUUUCAACUUAUGCAGAGAGAAUUAGUACUAUUUCUUCCUUCAGUGAUGCCACUUCCCUUUCAGUGGGUUCACCAAAAAUAAAGAAAACAGGAGCUGAAACCAAGGAGGAACUUUUGAACAGCUUUUUCUCGAGAACUGACACAUCGUCCGCCACCGAACUGGGAACACUUCCCGUUACAAAUGGGGGAACAUCUCAGCACUUAAAGGCCUCCCUCCAGUCAGAUGCACAGCAAGGAAGUAAUUUUACACUCCAGCUUUUUCAACGUACCCUUGAAGAAACUCUUGAUUCUUUUCAGAAAUCCAUUCAUGAGGAUAUGAGAAACCUUCAUAUUGAAAUUCUAAGACAAUUCCAUAUGCAGGAAAUGGAGAUGUCAAAAGUGAUGAGUUCAAUCCUGGAAAACCAAGCUGAGUUGAUGAAAGAAAUCAAAUCUCUCCGGAAAGAAAAUCAACAGCUCAGGCAAAUGCUUUGAAGACUGAUGAUAAAGAGUGCUUUAACCCUUGCUAGGUUGAUUCACAACAAACUUGAAAAGUAUGAUGAAGAUUGACCAAAGUUAUGCCUCAAAAUAUAUUCAAGUCUUUACUUUAAAAUUUCCUGCACAUGAGGCGGAAUUCCAGGUUUUGAUGUGUUUUCUUUGAAAGAAAAAAAAUCAAAGAAAGAAAUUAGGUGUAUUUCUAGUAGAAGUCCACAUUAUUUUUAUUUCCAAAACGACAUUCUUUAUUCUCUUUUCAUCCCUCAUAUUUACUUUGUUGACCAAGCUACAACUGCUUAAUUUUAACAAUAAAAUAUUUUUAUCUGGCAUGUAACUCUUUUUUUUCCCCAAGUCAGUAUGGAAGUAAGUCCUUUCAUAUACAAGAACCUAGUGCUUUAAGAUACCCUAUGAUCAAAAACCAAGAGAAUGCUUGUGUUAACUUAUUUUUCUGUCAAAGAAGUCUGCGAACUCUUUUUCCUUUUUUCCCCCCCCUCCCAAUAGUACUUUUGUUAAAGAAAAAAAAGAGAAAGACAACUCUGAAGUGUUUAUAUCUAACAUAUUUGAUUAGUCCCAUGAGUUUGAUCCUAUAGAAUCUGAUAUAUUUUUUCAUUGAACAAAGGGUACGAAAUAAAUUAUAUCAGAUUGAUUUUUCGAUCAAAAGCACUAUGUGAAAUAUUUGGUUUUUUCCUGUUUUUCUAUCCCUAUCCCUAACCUAUAGAGAUGACACUUGAAUCAAUAGAGAACCUUGCCUUUUGUAUCUAUAUGAAUAGAUUAUGAAUCGAUAUUAUUACAUUCCAAUUUUUUACCGAUACUCCUCAAGGAAAAUCUCGAAUUGGAUCCCAGGUUGACGGGUUAGUGUGAGCUUAUUCAUGCGGUUAUGCACUCUUCGAAUAGGAAUCCAUUUUCUGAAAGAUCCUGGCUUUCGUACUUCGGUGGAUCUCUGAGAUCCUUUUAUUUAUCCCCCCCUGCAUCCAUUUACUUUUUACUGAAAUACAUCACUUAUUUUUUUUGAAUGAGCGUACAUUCAACUUUAUUUUCUGAAUGCAUAUUGGCGCUUCAAAAACUAUAAGCACCUUUAGUGUCAUCUCUUAGCAUCUAGUAUUUUAAAACGCAUCUUAAAGCAACAUUUUGAUAUAAAAUUAAGGGGGCAUUUGGCCUAGCUUUAUUACUUUGUUUGGAGGAGGCUGAAUUGUUCAAAGUCUUAUCUAAUGACUUUUUUCUUUUUAAAUAAAUCAUACUAGCAUCAAGGGAGUACCCGCCUAUGUACAAAAAUUUACAAUUCAAUCAACGUGUUAAUUAAAUUUCCUAAAUCCUCUAUUGAAUAAAGAGGAUGACCCAACAACAAAAAAAUAACGGUAUGGAACUAUUGAUUUGUGAGUAAGUCAAACCCAUCUACAUCAUCAACUUCCUCAAAUGCCUUUUGGUCCUCUCUUUCAACAGAACCUAAAACCAAGUCUUAUGCACUGAUUUUUUCUUUUUGAAGUUGGAGUAAGCUUUUUCUUAGAGAGGAUACUAAUUCAGUUAAGUAAGGUUUUCUUUUGGGAAAAGAAAAAAUUAUUAGUAGAGGAAAAAAGAAAAACUUGAUUCAUACGUAAAUAUCAAUAUUACCUUUAAAUUUUAAAGCCAGUAAUAAAGAGACUAAAUUUCAGCCUUAUUGAGAAGACAUAACAUGAACGUGUGCCCUUCAUGUUAGAAGCAUAUGGACGCUAGAACUGGAUUAACAUGUGCUGAUUAUUUUGCGUUUGCUCUUCAACAAAUAAGAAUUUUUACAAUCACCAAGAAGGGUUGGUUUCAGGAAGCAAUGAAAAGGUGGGAUUGGUUUUGUAUUUUCUCGAGUAGUAUUGUGAUUGCAUAUUCAAAUCUUGUACAAUUGCUUUCUGUUCCAGAAGUGGCCUCCUUAAAUCUAAUUAUAAAUGACCUAGAUGCCUGGUCUUACAUUGAAAGCUUGCCAAUAUCAACUGGUGUUGAAAGGAGAAAUGGCUACAGACAUCAUGAACCUCUUGUCAGGCAUCAACUCAGUUCAGUUUGUCUACACCAACUACAAAAUUUAUUCAGAAAGGAGUGGCCAAGCCACCCCUCAAUCGACUAGUUUUUUCUCUUAUUUUUCUUUUGCAGGUCUAUGUGGUCUGCUUGGUCUCUCAGUUGCUGAACAAGUUGAUGUGGCUGCAUUCCAGAACUUCUGCUGAUGAUUUAGUUUCGUUGUCUCAUUGAAUGCAAAGCUUCAAGUGUUUAUGAUACGCCGGUGGUUUGGAUCAACAUCUCCUUUGAACAUAUCUGGUCUUUUUCUUUUUUCUAAAAAAAAAAUGAAGGGCUUUUUAGUUUUGGUUAAUAUCUUCACUCAAAAAAUUUAGAUCUGCUCAAUUUUGUUGGCUGCUAAUAUCUUGUCAUUGCUGGUCAUUGGAUCUCCUUUGGAGCACAAUUACUUAUUUAGGCUGUUGUUUCUGUGAUCUUCAGUUCUGGAAUCCCUCAUUUUGUUUUUCACGCACUUUUAUGAGUCUUGAUCUUCGUCAAGUGCUGGGUCUAUUUGAUUAUAUGAAUGAUGGAGGUGCUCACUGUUGCAAUCCUAUCUGGUCGAAAGAGCCAUGAACGCCUUCAUAUUUCUAUUGUGCAUCACGUUGGGCUAAGUUAGCUGUUUUCUUUUUUGUGCUCUUAGAGGCUAGGAAGAAGGUCUUGAGGUUCUGUUCUGGUGUUUUCUGCUAUGUCUGAGAUUAUCUUUCUAUCUCUGUUAAUAAAUUUAUGAAUUAAUUCGAGAAGAAAAAGACAAUAGAACUUCUAC